ACCUACUUCUUCUGUUGCCUAUGCCGACUGAGCUCGAAAGCCAACACAUUUUCCGAUCAUGAGUUCCGCACUGAAGAGGAAGGCACAGUCACCUGUACCUGAGGCGAAGUCGCCAACGGUACAGUCGCCCAAAGGACAAGCUAAGUCGCCCACGCCUGGUCCGGCAUCGACCACGCCCGGUCCGGCUUCGCCCACGCCCGGUCCCGUAUCGCCGCCGCCGGCCCAAUCUGACGAGCCGACCGAACUGUUGCCUGGCGCGCAUUGGGGCGAGCUGGAUGUCCCUGACGACAACGAUUCCACUCUAGGUGAUAGUGAUGUUGAGAGCUCAACGGCGUCGAUCUCUUCUACUAUUUUGCAAUACCGUACGAUCAAAGGCAGGACAUAUCACAACGAUGCUGUGUCUGAUAAUGAGUAUUGGGGCCCAAACGAUGCGAAGGCGAUGGAGGUCAUGGAUAUUUACCAUCACGCCAUGACCCUGAUACUUGAUGAGAAGCUAUAUACAGCCCCGCUCUCCAAGGACAUCAAGAACGCCCUGGAUGUCGGCACCGGCACCGGGCUCUGGGCAAUCGAUUUUGCGGAUGAAUUUCCCAACUGUACCGUGAUUGGUACCGAUAUUUCGCCUAUUCAGCCGAGCUGGGUUCCUCCUAACCUCCAGUUCAACAUCGACGACGCGACUAGAGAAUGGACAUAUCAACCCGACUUCUUCGAUUACAUCCAUAUCCGGUGGCUUUGCGGCACAAUCAAGGAUUGGGCAUCCUUAUACAAGGAAGCGUACAAGUGUCUUAAGCCGGGUGGCUGGAUUGAGCAUAUGGAUGGCGAAGUGAACGCGGUAUGCCUUGACGGAACUAUGCCUAAGGAAUCCGCUACCUAUCAAUGGGGACAGCUAUGGACCGAGAUUCAGCGGAAGACCGGAGUUAUAUUCAACAUGAUCAAUUCCGGCUGCAUGGAGGAUGGAAUUAAGGAAGCGGGCUUCACCAACAUCCAAAUCGAAGAUUUCCUGGCCCCGACUUCCCCUUGGCCUACGGACGAAAAGCAAAGACAGAUUGGUCUCUACCAAUCUGUAGCUUUGAUGACAGACGUUGAGGGCUUCCUCACCUACUUUUUUGGCCAGGUUAUGGGGUGGGCUGACAACGAGAUGGCAAAUUUUGCCGCUAGUCUUCGCCGGGAGUACAAGGAGUGCAAGAUUCAUGCGAACAUCAAGUGGCGCGUAGUUCGUGCCCAGAAGCCGUUGGACGCCUGAAAUCACAAAGUGAGAUAACGGUGGCAGGGCGGGUGGGUGCAGGUUACGUAUGGUGAAAGUGACAGGGAACAUGGGGAUGGGGAAUGCAUGUAUCUGCUUCUUUGUGCGAGGUCUUCAAUAGUGUAGGUAGGUAGGUAUCAAUGUCUUUAUCACGAUCGUCGUCAAGC